UAUACAAUGAUCACAAACAUCAUGGUUUUUAAAUGUCUCUUAUCGUGAUCUUCUGUACGAGAAGUCUACCACUAUAAGCAAAGUCAAAUGGGAUGUGCUACACGAGGGAAAACUCAGCCACAAAAUUCCCACAAACUUCAUCUACAACCUUAAAUUAAUUUAACCCUUCAUGUCAUAUCAUAUCAUAUUUCGUAAAUAAUUGUUUUAACGCAAAAGCAUCUUCUGAUAAAUAUGAAAAAAAAAACUUAAUCGAUGGUUAUAAAUAUUGAGAGCUAGCACACGGGAUUAAAUCAACCAUUAAGAAAAAUUAAUCCUAGCUAGCUCGAGCACUAUCUUUCUCCAUUCCCAAACCAUGAUGAAGCUCUUUUCCUUCCUAAUAUUUUCAAGCUUUUUUCUCAGACGAGUGAGCCUGGUUAUUGGAGACGUUGGUACUGCUGCAUCUUAUGGACCACCAUACAUACCUACUGCUUGCGGGGGAAACAGGGCAGGGCAAUUUCCUCCAGGAAAUCUAUUUGCGGCUGUGAAUGAAGGGUUAUGGGAUAACGGAGCAGCGUGUGGAAGGAGAUACAGAAUAAGGUGUGUGAGUGGAAACAAUAGACCAUGCAAAGGUGGUAGCAUCGAUGUCAAAGUGGUAGAUUCUUGUCCUGGCUCACCUUGUCCCAACAGCCUCCUCAUGUCAAAUGAUGCCUUUGCAGCUAUUUCACGCUUCCCUCAUGCAAAAAUCAACAUUGAAUAUACCCAGAUAUGACUUUACAGUUGCAGUGCACUACUCAUAAACAAACAUCGUCAAGGACAAGGAAUAUAUGAGCUAGCUGGUGUUUUGCUGAAGAAAUUCUCAAAGCAGAAUGUGAUGAUGCCAUGCAAAAUUGUGCUGCCUUGGAACAGUUUAUGUACUUGAAUUGACGUUGUCGACAGUAGCGUUAGUAAACUGUCAGUGUUCUUUAGUAAGGAAGAUUUUACUUCUUGGAGCCAAAACAUUGAUCCAAUGAAACGCGAUUUUAGCUCAA